UCCGAACUGCUCACCGACUGUCGCUUCAGCGCUCGCGCUCUCACCCUCCAACCUCCAAUGGCGUCGUCGUUGCUCUCGCGUGCGGUGCUGAGAGGCACCCGGCGGCUAGUCGGGGCCAUGGCUGCCCGCCGCCAUGUCGGGCCUGUUGGUAUACGUGCCCCUGCGCUGUCUCAAGCAGGGUUCGCGUGGCAUUCCACUGCGCGAAACGACGCAAACAACAACAACAGCAGCAGCGGCACAAAUGCAAACAACGGUGACCGAGCCAACUUGGCCACUUCCACAGCAGAUGCCACUACGGAAACCGUCACCAGCCUCACGGACAUUGGCAUCUUCUCAGACCCAGGGUGCAAGAAAGGCAACGAGGACCGCUUUGUUGUCGGUUCCGUCGGGCCCUACAGCGUCAUUGGCGUGUUUGACGGCCACUCUGGAUCGAUGGCGGCGGACUAUGUGGCAGACAACUUGCUGACACUGAUGCGUGAGCUGCUGCCCACGUCCACCAACAACGCGGAGAGUCUGUUGGAGGCACUUGUACACCGCCUGUGCAGCGGCCUCUUUGAGUUUAUGGGCGCACAGUACCCGCUGGAGAAGAUGCAUAGCGGCACCACGGCCAGCAUCGUCCUCGUGAACGACAGCAUGGUUCAUUUUGCCCACGUCGGGGACAGCCGGCUGCUGCUGGUGCGCGGCGGCGCGCCUGUGCAGCUCACCCGCGACCACCGUCUCGAGGACGACAAGGAGCGGCAGCGCAUCUUGGAUGCCGGCGGGCGCGUCACAUACACGGGGAUCCCGCGGGUGGACGGCCGCCUGGCCAUGACACGUGCCAUCGGCGCCUUCUCCCUGCGCGACCAGGGCAUCACGUGCGAGCCCGAUAUCGGGUCCCUCCCGCUCGACGCAGCCGUGGACAGCGCGCUCAUUGUCGGCACGGACGGGCUGUUUGACGAGUUGCGGAAUGACGAGGUGGUGUCGAUUGCCGCCCAGCACAGGACAGCCAAUGGUGCAGCACACGCGCUGGGGGAAGCCGCCCUCAUGUACCGCGCGCGCGAUAACGUCACGGUUGCUGUCGUGCCGCUGCCUGCUUGGUCGAGUCUGCACAACUCAGCCAGCAGCAGCAGCAGCAGCAGCAGUACACAGCCGUUUGGACUGGACCGCAACCUUGUGCGACGCGUGUCUUAAAGCACGACCGUGCACGUGCGCUCAUGUGGAUGCAAACGGCGUGCAUGCGUUCUUGUGUGGGCGGGCGUGUUUGCACAUGGCUUCGUUGCGACGUUGGUUGUGCUGUGACUUGCUUGCUUGCUUGCGUGCUUGUCGUUUUGACAACCUGUCUGUCAUUUCCUGUUGUUAUUCAACGCUUUGCUUUGUUGCUAUCAUGGCGGUUGGCCUGGACAACCCCACCCGUGCUGGUGCUGGUGCCUUUCAUCUGUUGUGAUUUCCCCCUUGCUCCUCAUCAUUCAUAUGUCAUUGACAUGUGCACACACACAUGCACACACAUUCUUCAUAUAGUAAACGUACACCCUUAUUCUUGG